AUGGGGGUCCAAGCAGUGAGGCAGUCUUUUGCGAGGCAAUUGGGGCGAUGGGAUGCGUGGAGGUUUGUAGUGUUCGGUGGAUUGGGCGGGUUUAAUGGUAGGAAGCAAGGGCUGAAAGGGCGGGAACUGUCUGGGAGCGCUCGGGUGUUGCUAUUACAUGAGUCUGCUCUGGAAAGGGUCAGGGAAAAAGACAUUGUGGUCGCGGAUGGUGCUUCUAAGCUUUGGAGGGAAAAAGCCAGUGCUGCUGAUGUCAUGUGGUUCAUAGAUGACUUGAUUGAUCUCGUCGGGAAUGCUGAAUCUAGGGAGAGUGAGCUCGCAAGCCAGGUACAAUCCUCUGGAAGGCGGGUCUGCAGGAUUGAUGUGAGUGUUGACGUAUUCCAUGUGGAUGACACAUUGGUACGGCUCUGCAAACUUGCUAAUCCUGCGGAAUACUCUAUUGGUUUGUUUGUUCCUACUCCUGCCUUUGGGCCAGGCUUGGAUGACACCCUUGUUGUCGCUGCGGAUGAGAAUAUGAGUGCGUCAAGGGAGGACCGGGAGUGUGGAUCAAACAGCCAAUUCAAAGGCAACGGCUUCCGCCCAUCCAAUAUCUCUACCUGGUAUUUGCCAGUUUUUCUUGAGUAA